AUGUCCCUGGGGUUGCCAGGCCCCCCAGAGGAGGGGGAGCACCCGAGUGUGGGGGGGGGAACGGGCUCAGGAGGCGGGGACCAGGCCGCCAUUGCUCAGCUACGGUCCCUGCUGGGCGGGGCAGCUGUGGUGCAGCAAGCCCGAGUUCAGAUCCUGCGCUGCCCGUCGGACACCCUGACGCCCACCUCCCCGCCUGCCGAACCCCAGGGCCAGGCAGGUGGCUGGGAGCGUUUGCGUCUCCCUGCUGGCCAGCAGUCGUGGAGGCGGCAGCCGAUGAGCCUUAGUCCCAGAACCUUCACUCAUAGUGAGCAAAUGGCCCUGAGCCCCCAGCACCCUGGAACCCCCAUGAAGCAGGCUGCAACUGAGUAUGGAGGGGACGGGAGCGGCCGAGAGCCGCUGCCCCACCAGCCACACUGGUCAGCAGGCCCAGGCCAGGAGCCCUCGGUCACAGAGGCAAGCGAAAUGGAACCCGUGUCCACACGACACCUGCGCACGAAAGCGGAUGGAGGCGACUCGCGUGUCGCCCAGCGCCAGCCGCCAAACCAGUGGCCUCGGCAGUCGGCAGUCCGCCGCGGUCGGCCGUCAGAAAGCGCGCGCCUCGCCUUUAACGCGGGCCGGGGCGCGCGGCCCGCAUGCGAGGCGGCGGCGGCCGUAGCGGGCCGGCCGGGCCGGCGGGGGCUGAGGCCGAGCAAGGCGCGGGCCCGCGCCCCGCCGGCCCCACAAACGCGGCUGCGGCGCCUGGCGCACCUCGUGCUCUUCUGCCCCUUCUCCAAGGGCCUGCAGGGGCGGCUCCCGGGCCUCAGGGUCAAGUCCGUGUUCCUGGUUUGGCUGGGCGUCUUCGCGGGCAGCUGGAUGCUCUACCUGCACUACUCAUCCUACUCAGAGCUGUGUCGCGGCCGCGUCUGCCAGGUGGUCAUCUGUGACCAGUACCGCAAAGGCAUCAUCUCAGGCUCCAUCUGCCAGGACCUGUGCGAGCUGCACAAGGUGGAGUGGAGGACCUGCCUGUCAUCGGCCCCGGGCCAGCAGGUGUACAGCGGGCUCUGGAGGGACAAGGAUGUGACCAUCAAGUGUGGCAUUGAGGAGGCCCUCGACUCUAAGGCCCAGCCGGACAUGCCCCCCCGACGGGAGCUGGUGCUGUUCGACAAGCCCACCCGGGGCACCUCGAUCAAGGAAUUCCGGGAGAUGACUCUCAGCUUCCUCAAGGCGAACCUGGGAGACCUGCCCUCACUGCCCGCGCUGGUUGGCCAGGUGCUGCUCAUGGCUGACUUCAACAAGGACAGCCGGGUGUCCCUGGCCGAAGCCAAGUCCGUGUGGGCCCUGCUGCAGCGCAACGAGUUCCUGCUGCUGCUGUCCCUGCAGGAGAAGGAGCACGCCUCCCGGCUGCUGGGCUACUGCGGGGACCUCUACCUCACCGAGGGCAUCCCGCACGGGCCCUGGCACGUGGCCGCGCUGCCGCCCCUGCUGCGCCCGCUGCUGCCGCCCGCCCUGCACAGUGCCCUCCAGCAGUGGCUGGGGCCCGCGUGGCCCUGGCGGGCCAAGAUCGCCAUCGGCCUGCUGGAGUUCGUGGAGGAGCUCUUCCACGGCUCCUACGGAACCUUCUACAUGUGUGAGACCACGCUGGCCAACGUGGGCUACACGGCCACCUACGACUUCAAGAUGGCCGACCUGCAGCAGGUGGCGCCGGAGGCUGCCGUGCGCCGCUUCCUUCAGGGCCGCCGCUGCGAGCACAGCUCGGACUGCACCUACGGGCGCGACUGCAGGGCCCCUUGCGACAGGCUCAUGAGGCAGUGCAAGGGCGACCUCAUCCAGCCCAACCUGGCCAAGGUGUGCGAGCUGCUGCGGGACUACCUGCUGCCUGGCGCCCCCGCCGACCUCCGCGAGGAGCUGGGCUCGCAGCUGCGGACCUGCACCACGCUGAGCGGACUGGCCAGCCAGGUGGAGGCCCACCACUCGCUGGUGCUCAGCCACCUCAAGACACUGCUCUGGAAGAAGAUCUCCAACACCAAGUACUCCUAACACCACCGGCUCGCCUCCUGGCCAUCCUGGGGGGCCGGCCCGGCAGCUGCCUCUCCUCCCCUCCCUCAAGCAACCCAUCACAGAACCGUCCCACAGCAUCAGGGCUCCCUGGAUUCCAGCAGCCCACAGAUGGGACCCUCUGAGCUCAGAGGAAAGGCUGAACACGGAGGGCAGGAGCCUGGAGCUGACCCAAGGGGGACCCGCCCGGGCCCAGAUGGGCUUUGUCACUCUGAAGAAAUCUUGUAAAUAAAUAGCUUUUAUGUGA